AUGACAGCUUCCCGGGGCUUAUUUGGUGGUGCUAUCGUAGCUGAUAUACCAUCUAGAUUUAGUGAUGUCAGCGAAAUUCGUGAAGUUGCAGAUAACCAAGAGGUUUUCGCGGACAUUAAUUCGGAUCAAAGUAUUAUUAUUGAGAUACUACAAUACGUUAAUGAGCCUUCAAAUGAAGAUGCCAUUAGUCUUGAUACACCAAAAUGCCUACUCAUCGGCCAACAACAAGUUACCAAAUUUAACGAGCGUGAUCCGUCCUCUCGAAAUUUAUUAACAAUUUUCAUGGCACUAUUCAGAUUCCCAAAUAUCAUGACAGACAUAGUUGUCACCAGCAAUAUACCCGUAGCUAUUGGUGCUACUAGCAGUAGCAGAUUGGUAGCACGAGAAGGGAAUGCUAAUGAAGGGUAUGAAGAGUUCAGGAGGAUUUUGGCUAGUUUUGAGAUUAGGGAUUGGGGAUUGUUUAAUGCAUAA